UUGUUCUAGUGGUAGCUUACUUAACAAACGCGAGGGGUUUCUAGCAGUGCCUCGCGCUCCCAACGAGCCGUUUGAAAGUUCCUGGCGAUGCUCGGAGAACUACAACGGAAACUUUUGUCGUGAAGGCCUUGUUAUUUGUUGCAACAGAACGGGACCCCCGAGUAGGAGAAAGUAGCCUUUCCCAUCGCGGGUUUAGGCUCGAGGAUUAAAGUGAUCGCCAGUCCUACAGCUUUCGUCGAAACUGCCAGCGGAGAUUCAUGCUGUGCUGCUUAGCUAAAUGCGGUACGAAGCUAAAAUGAUGCCGAUGUUCCUGACUGUAUACCUCAGUAACAAUGACCAGCAUUUUACUGAGGUCCCUGUUACCCCGGAGACACUGUGCCGGGAUGUGGUGGACUUGUGUAAGGAGCCGGGGGAGACGGACUGCCACCUGUCCGAGAUGUGGCGUGGAUCUGAGCGAGCCGUAGGUGACGGGGAGAGGAUGCUGGAUGUGCUCCAACGAUGGGGACAGCACAGGGCAGAGGUGCGCUUCUUUCUGCGUCACAAUCGAGCUCCAAGCAGGGAAUCAGGUGGGUCAAGAAGCUCAGAGCCGAAGAGGAAUGGAGUAAAGGGUCCUCCAGACAGAAGAAUGGAGAAUGGGGUGGCGACACCCCGCAUGGACAUGACUUUGGCUGAACUGCAAGAGAUGGCUGCCAGACAGCAACAACAGAUAGAGGCUCAACAACAGCUCCUCGCUUCCAAGGAGCAACGGCUGCGCUACUUGAAGCAGCAGGAGCAGCGUCAGCAGCAGCAGGCCUCUGAGCAGGAGAAGCUGCAGCGCCUCCGAGAGAACAUUGAGAACCAGGAAACUCGGCUCAAGAAGGUCCGGGCCCUCAAGGGCCAGGUGGAGCAGAAACGCCUCAGCAAUGGCAAACUAGUGGAAGAGAUAGAGCAGAUGAACAACCUGUUUCAGCAGAAGCAGAGAGAGCUAGUGAUGGCUGCGUCCAAAGUGGAUGAGCUCAACCGACAGCUGGAGUUGCUCAAAAAUGGCAAAAUGGACAACUUCCACGACAACCAGACCUCUGUAGCUGAACUAGACCGACUCUACAAGGAGUUACAGCUGAGGAACAAGCUCAACCAGGAUCAAAACUCUAAGUUGCAGCAGCAGAGAGAGAGUCUGAACAAGCGCAACCUGGAGGUGGCUUCCAUGGACAAGCGGAUCAGUGAACUCCGAGAUCGACUGUGGAAGAAGAAGGCAGCGCUGCAGCAGAAGGAGAACUUGCCUAAUGGCUAUCCUGGUAAAGAGAGGGCUUCAAAAGACACUCAUCUUCAGCAGCCCUCCGAUGGCCAAGCCGGACAGCAGUCAGGUCCGUCUCGCGUGGCAGCGGUCGGCCCAUACAUCCAGUCUUCCACCAUGCCCCGAGGCCCAGUGAGGCACGACCCGCUUGUAAAACCAGCCUACCCAGACGGAACUGCCACUCUUCCAUCCCACGACCCACAGAGCAAGGCCGGCACAGGCCUACAGCCAUCCAAGCUGGCAGACUGGGGCUCUGCUGCUCCAGAAUCCAACACUAACGGUCAUGGUCCGGCUUCAACACUGCCACGAAUGACCUCACACUCCAACACUAACGCAGAACAAGAUGAAACGGAGCUGAAGAGGGACAGGAAGGUGCGUCCAUUUUCCAUGUUUGAGCCAACUGAGGUUCCCGCCACCUCCCUCCGCAAAAACCAGAGCAGUGAUGACCUGGUCAGGGAUGCUCAGGCUGCUCCCAAAGGUCCAGUCAAGGUGCCUCCUCCUGUCCCCACCAAACCCAAAGGCCCUAAUAUCGUGCCCUAUGGCAAAGCAGGACUCAACACGGGCACCUUCCCUAAAGCCAAGCCCCAUAGCCAGCAGCCCCAGGCUGCCCAGGGCCGUGCCCCUCUCCCACCCUCACAGAGCCAGACACUCCCCUUACCCUCCAAGCAAGACACUCCACCUGCAGCCACGGUACGGCCAUUCACCCCAGAGCUGCCCAACUCCAAAGACUCCAGUCUGAGUAAACCCCAGACCUUAGCAGCCAGCUCCAUUUACUCAAUGUACACACAGCAGGCUGGCUCAGCGAAGCCCUUCCAGCCUGGUGUGCAGGGCGCUCUCCACAGGUCUCAGAGCCGCACCAACGGAUUCGUCAGUGUGUAUGGUAAACCAGUCAUCCCCAGUGGAGGCUCCUUCCAUCCAGAGAACCCUUACCUGGAACACCGCUCCCCUGCCCCAGAAUCUGAGGUAGACCACAGUGGAGCCAACAAUGUGGGUCCCAGCCCGUCUGAGGGCCACCAACCAGAAACAGAGCGCAUCCCUCGGCCCCUCAGCCCAACCAAGCUACUUCCCUUCAUUUCCAACCCCUACAGGCAUCAGAGUGAUGGUGACCUGGAAGCCCUGAGAAAGAAGCUCUACAACGCGCCGAGGCCCCUGAAGAAACGCAGCUCCAUCACUGAACCAGAGGGUCCCGCCGGGCCCAACAUUCAGAAACUCCUCUACCAGAAGACCACGCUAGCAGCUAUGGAGACUGUGACUACGCCAACCACUCCAACAUAUGCUGGUGAAGCAGAGAAGGCAGCAGAGGGAUCUGCGGGGUCACAGGUUCCAAGUGCAGAGAAACACCCAUCAGAGCCAGGGCAGACUACAGAGGGAGGACAACUCCCAUCUCAUAUCCCAUCGCACUUCCCGGCUCCAGCCCCCACCGAACAAACCAAACCACCUCUGGCCAUUCCAGAGAGCGAUGAUAUUAUCCCCCCUCCUCCUCCAUCCCACCCACCUCCCAGGCCAGAUGACGCUCUUUUCCCACCACCACCCCCUGCUGGCAUGGAGGACAUGAUGCCCAACCUGCCCCCUCCACCUCCAGAGGGCUUCCUGGAAGAGUUCCCCCCCUACCCACCACCCCCAUACCCCAGUGGAGCAGAGCAGGACAGCUUGGGAGAGGACACCUUUAACAUGAAGGCACCUGAGGUCACCGGACAGGUCACGCUUCCACCGGGAAAGAGGACCAACUUGCGAAAGCCCAACUCUGAACGCAUUGACCACAGCAUGAGAGUAAAGUUCAACCCACUGGCUCUGCUGCUGGACUCGUCUCUGGAAGGAGAGUUUGACUUGGUCCAGAGAAUCAUCUAUGAAGUGGAGGAUCCCAGUCUGCCCAACGAUGAAGGCAUCACAGCUCUACACAAUGCUGUCUGUGCCGGACAUACAGAGAUCGUUAAGUUUCUGGUACAGUUUGGCGUCAAUGUCAAUGCUGCUGACAGUGACGGCUGGACACCUCUUCACUGUGCUGCAUCCUGCAACAAUGUGCAAGUGUGCAAGUUCCUGGUGGAGUCCGGCGCAGCAGUGUUCGCUAUGACUUACAGCGACAUGCAGACGGCAGCUGAUAAAUGUGAAGAAAUGGAGGAGGGCUACACUCAGUGCUCUCAGUUCCUCUACGGUGUACAAGAGAAGAUGGGCAUCAUGAACAGGGGUGUGGUCUAUGCCCUGUGGGACUACAGCAGCGAAAACCCUGAUGAGUUGUCGUUCCGCGAAGGAGACUGUAUGACGAUCGUCCGCAGAGAGGAUGAGGACGAGAUUGAAUGGUGGUGGGCGCGCAUGGGCGACACUGAGGGUUACAUUCCCCGCAACCUCCUUGGGCUCUACCCAAGAAUAAAGCCAAGACAGAGAACCUUGGCUUAAAACACAAAGAUACCUGCACAUUCCAGUCUGCCAGAACUCUCCAAAACACACUAAGACACACACACACAGGCUUUAACAGACUGGGGAAGAGACGGACACUGCUGAAAUGAAGAGACAAGGACAUAACCAAACAAUAUGAAGGAUCACCUAUAAACUCUUUCUGGCACUUUUUUUUUCCUGUAUCUACAUCAGAGAGGUUUCUCCCUCUCUUAUUUUUCCAGGCCACACUGUGUACUGUGUACUUAAGACACUGUUGGCAUUCUUCCUUUAUUCCACUGUUUUUGUUGUUUUUGUAAUUGGUGUCUGAAACUAUUUCUAAAGUGACAGAAGCUCAUAUGUUGGGAUGUAAAUGGAACAAGCAGUAUUUUUUAUUGCUAGAAAGUGAUUUUUACGCUUUUCAGUAGUCUUUUAAAACAUGUUUUCCAGGCUAUUGGAUAUUUUCCAACACACUUUGAGCUCUACUGUACACCCCAUGAGGUGAAAGAGUGAAUGAUGAAGAUGAUGAUGAUGAUGAUGAUGUUGAAAUGCUCUAUUACCAUGACAAUCUUUUGGGGCUUGUUUCUCAUCAUCUGUGUUGAGUGACUGCGCCUCUGUAUAACUGCACUGGAGGUGUAAAGUUUCAGCUGUGACCACCACUGUUCUUGCUAAUGAAAUGAUUGGUUGAAAACUGUGAUAAAGCGUUUGGUUGAUCUUAUGCUGUUCAUUCUGUGGUCUAUGAUACCCACAAAGCCAGUUGGCUUUCCUUCACUGGCGCAUGGUUGAGAUGCCAUAGAUAACUGUGUAUACAUGUAUUUCUCUCACAGAAACUAGUGAAGCGUUGCUGUAGGAAUGAUGUUCUGAUAAUGGACUUAAGAAACCCUUUGAUAAAGAAGGAGAUGUCAUGCAGUAUGAAUUUUAAUAUUUUGUUACAGCCAUUCCACGACAAUACAGUAAUGUAAGAAGGCAAGAAGACUUGACUUUUUGUAGAGAUCAGUGACCGAUGUGUUGUAAAGUCGAGGUCAAAUCAAAAAAUCUGAUUUAAAAAAAUAAAGAUGGAACUUGUGCGUUAUGAGUUCCUAAAAGUCAAGUCAUCACAUAUCUCCGUCAAUGCAGAUGUAUUUAUUUUUGUUACUUUUUUUCUUUAGCCCUUUUUGUCAGAACUGUAACCACAAAUGUACUGUAGAAUUUCAAACAUUUACAAUAAAAUACUUUGUACUCAG